GCAUUGUUGUGUCCAGCGGGAGAAAAGUGUUUAGUUUCCAGGCAGAGCUUUGCAAAGCGCUUCCCUCUGAAAGCCUGUCUGCUCUUUUGUCGGAAAUCGGAAAUCCUUUUUCCUGGACGCGUUUCCUGGCUUCUUCCAGGGGGGACCGCCAGGAUGACAUGCUUCACGCACUGGACUUUGACUGCACCACAAAGCCACUGGAUUUUAAUCCAACAGAAAAUCUGUUGAAAGAAAGUAAAGGAACGGCUUGGAGCCCUAUAAAUACAGGAGUGCAAAAAGGCAGCGGACAGAUCCAGCUGUGGCAGUUCCUCCUGGAGCUCCUUUCCGACAGCACCAACGUGUCCUGCAUCGCCUGGGAAGGCACCAAUGGGGAGUUCAAGCUCAUCGACCCAGACGAGGUGGCGAGGCGCUGGGGGGAGCGGAAGAGCAAACCCAACAUGAACUACGACAAACUAAGUCGAGCUCUGCGCUACUAUUACGACAAGAACAUCAUGACCAAAGUCCACGGCAAGAGAUACGCUUACAAGUUCGACUUCCACGGCCUGGCGCAGGUGUGCCAGCCCUCCACCACGGAGCAAGCCAUCUACAAGUUUCAGGGGAACUUUUCCCCCAUCCCCUUCUCUGGCAUUUCUAAACUGAACCUCGUGACCCCCGGCGUGGGCCCCUCGGGUUUCUCCUACUGGCCCGGCUCUCCAUCGGCGGCUCUGUAUCACACCCAUAACCUGCAGCCUCCUGGGCCCUUUGGCACAGUGUCUCCAUCUCACAUCAGCUGCGUGAAUAACAUCAACAGUCUGACCAACAUCAACAAUCACUACAACUGACUCCUGCUGCAUGUCACAUGCAAGACUGGGAUUAAGAAAACAAAUAAAGACCAACUGUUUUUUUUGGUAUAGUUCGCGGCCAACUAUGACUAAAUUCGGCCUGCAUUUUGUCCCGAGUUAAUGAAAAAGUAUUGAUCAAUAGCAGCGGGAAAUUUGGCAUUAAUUCUUACUUUAUUACAUCCAAAUAAUUGAUCAUUACUGGUUCGUUUAAAUAUGAACUAAACAAUCUGUUACGCAAACCAAUCAAGUUAUAUGUUCAGACCAGAGAAAAAUGCAAAAUGUAUAUAAACAUGUAAAAAAAUGAACUUGCUUUGAUUAGUUUUUAAUGGAAUUGUCAUUAUCAAUGUUUAAUCAGUAAAUAUAUAUAAAUCCACCAGAAACAGCGCCUUUUUACGCAUAGACUCCUUACGUGCAAAAUGUCGGUCUUUUUAUUUUUAUGUUUGAUUAAAUCUUCCAAAUGUAGCAUUUAUAAAAUCAACGAGCAUAUAGUUGUGGUAGUUUCUUGGUAGGAAAUAUAAACAUCAACAUAAGACACAAUAAAAAAUUUAAAUUGAUUUCUCCUUUCUUUCUUUAAGUUGUCUGUCAUUUUGCGCUUUUUCACACUUGGUUGCUCGGUUCUUUAUCCGACCUUUCCGCAAACCAAGAGAACCAUCCGCAAAAGGGAGGUUUCUUCUGUCCCUGUGUCAUUUUCAAAGCUCUGGAUAGAGUAAAA